GAAACCAAUAACAUAUCCGCAAUCCGAGAUUGAAAGCAAUCUAGAUAUGUUAAUAGCCAUGGAUCGAUCUUCGAUCCGAGUCCCAAUAACUAAUCUCUACAGCUGCAAUCCUUUUUUAACAACGGGUAGCCGACGAUCCUUUCCCUCUUAACCAUUCCGUCUUACGCCGAACUUUAAUAUUCAUUAUGGUAUGUUCAUUUAUUUGAAGUCCCAAAUAUACCAUUAAAUUUUUUCUAUAACUAUUUGGAUUUAAUUAUUUAUAAAAUUGCUACUAUAAUACACCAUAUUUGACGUCUAAAAAUGUUAUAACUUCUUAGUUUAGACGUUCAUGGACGAAUAAUUUUAUACAGUGAGUAACGGAACGUUACGAAAACAGCCAUUGGCAUUUAAACAAAAAUACGAAAAGUUAGUUUGUAUGUACUGUGUUUCUUGUGUUUAAUUUUCAUUUUGCAAUGGAUUCUGAAGUGGUAAGAGGCAAACCUCUGUCUAAAGAUGAAACGAAAGCGUUAUUAGAAUUGAUAGAGAAUAGCAGAAUAAUAACCACCAAGACGACCAACGCCACCAACAACAGCUUAAAAAAAAAAGAGUGGCAUUGUAUAGCGGAGCGAUUUAACGCAAACACUGCUACUUGUCGUCGUACACCGCAACAACUAAGGUUGAAGUGGGAAAAUUUAAAGAAGAACUGUCGCAAAUACAAUACCAAGAUAAGGAUGAAUCGCAUUAAGACUGGUGGUGGCGUUGCCGAAUAUAUACCUCCAGACGAAAUAUUGGACAGAGUGGGUUCAUUAUUAGGAAGCACAGUCAGUGGAUUCGUAGUGCCAUUUGGGGGUGAUAGGGAACCAGAAAUGGUAAUUGCUGGUUGUAGUGACUGUGCUAAUAUUGACUCCUCUUGUGAAGAUGCCAGGGUUUUAAACGUGGAAAUUAAAAAUAACUCAACCCCACCAGUGUCUUUGGCCAAAUCUGUUGUGUUGGACUGUGAGUUGAAUGACAAUAGUGAGGUUGUGUUGGCUCCAGACGAACCUCACCAUGUCACAUUUACUACACCUAGAAGAGAGAAAAAAAAAAGGAAUCGAGAUGAAGGAAGAUCUGCAAGGAAUGUUGCAAUAGCAGAGUAUUACACAGAAAAGAAAAAAAAUUUGAAAAGCAACUUGCUACAAAACAAGUUAAAAAACAAGAACAUUAAAUUAGAAAAUAAAAAAUUAAACUUAGAGAUAGAAAAAUUAAAAUUAGAAAAUCAAAAAUUAAAAUUAGAAAAUCAAAAAUUAAACAUAGAGUUAGAAGAAAAUUAAGAUUAGAAGAUAAAAAAUUUAUGUUAAGAUAGUUAAUUUAAAGUUCGAAAUAUUAAAUAAAUAACUGUAAAAAAUAUAAAAACUAA